AUGGGGGACAUGAGACCAGCAGAGGAGUCUGAGCUUGGGGCUGCUUACUGCCAGCUCUUUGAAUGCAGCAUGAGGAGUGAAGCAAGAAGACUGAGGACAUUCCAGCAAUGGCCAGACACCUCACCUAUGUCUCCACGAGAUUUGGUCAAGGCUGGCUUUUUCUUUGUGGGUCCAGGAGAUGAUGUACAGUGUUUCUGCUGUGGUGGUGUCCUGAAGGACUGGGCACCUGGUAACUGCCCAAUAGCAGAGCACCUGAAAUUCUUCCCUUCCUGUAAAUUCAUUCGUGGUGAGGAUGUUGGAAACCAAGAGAUGCUUCCACUUCAGGAAAUCUCUGACACCGUGGAUGGGCAGUUCCUCAGUCUUUCACAGGGCAUAGAGAGUGAAGAGACAGCUCUGCCUAAUGAACCAGAAUACCCAGAGAUGGCAACAGAGGAGAUGAGACUAUCAACAUUUCAGAACUGGCCACAAUAUACUGACAUGCCUCCUGAGCAACUGGCUAGAGCAGGCUUCUAUUACACAGGGCAAGAUGAUGUAGUGAGGUGUUUUCACUGUGAUGGAGGUGUGAGGAGCUGGUCUUUUGGAGAUGAUCCUUGGAGGGAACAUGCCAAAUGGUAUCCAGAGUGUGAGUUCUUGUUGCAGGCAAGAGGAAGUGAAUAUGUGAACAGUGUUCAGGAUUCCUUUUCCAGUACCCUGCUAUCUCCAAGAGAUCCCUGGGAUCAGCCUGAACAUGACUCCUCUGCUUCCCGAGAUCCUCCAAGGAACUGGGAAUUGCAAGAGCUUCCUCAGGAUGAGUUUAACAUAGUGCAGAAUGUGCUGGAGAUGGGCUUUCAGCCCAUCUUGGUGUAUAAGAUGAUAGCUAACAAAUACUUGCUGACUGGGACUUCAUACCUCUCUGAGUCUGAGCUGAUUUCUGAUCUGCUUCGACUAGAGGAAGAAGUCAGCAAUGCAGAGGAAAGCAGAGGUGCUGGUCAGAGGGAGGCUGAAACAUCAGUUACAAGAGAAGAAUUGCCACCUGUGCAACUAAAGGAAUCAGAUGAGUAUCAGAUGAGCACAGAGGAACAGCUCCGACGCCUGCAAGAGGAAAGGAUGUGCAAAGUGUGCAUGGACAGAGAUGUGUCUGUUGUGUUUAUUCCUUGUGGCCACCUGGUAGCUUGUGGAGAAUGUGCCCUCAAUUUGAGAUUGUGUCCCAUCUGCAGAGCUGUCAUCCAGGGAAGUGUGAGGACUUUCAUGUCUUAA